CUCUCGAAAACAUGUGUAAAAUGUGAUUUACAAUCUCGCACCGUGUGAAAUAGCAUGGCUCUUGUGGCUCUUGUUUGGAAUGUGUUUUCUGCAAUAUUGUCAUGUGGUCUCUUGAUGACAAUGAUUGCUGGAUCGAUGCCGUCACAAGCAUGGUCAUAUCCUCUUUCUUCAUUGGAACAAGCAACAGACAGUGGUGUAUCUGCCCUUUCCUCACUUCAUCGAACGUCAAGAAACGCAGCAUACAAUAAAAAUAGGAGACAUCGCCAUCACCACCAUCAACAUCACCACCAUCAACAUCAACAUCACCACGACCUUCAUCAACAAGAUCGUCGGAUUGAAGAUGCCUUUAGUGAAGAACCAUUAACGAGAGACAAUCUAUCUUCCAUCCAGUUGAGGUAUGAGACAAUCCCUAUCAGUGAAGUCAAUCCUAAGGACCUUCAGAAGACGGUGACCUCGUUUAAAGUGGUUGAGGAGCAACUUCAAGGAGAUCGAAAUGAGGAAGAAUUGGAAGACGAGGAAAACGAGGAAAACGAGGAGAACGAACCAGUACAAGGGAAGGAGAAGGUCAAAGAGAACCAUUUAUCGAUAGCAUUGGAAAGCUCAUCGGAACCCGCUGAUUCAAUGGAAGGAACAGGUGGCUCCAUAGAAACCCUGGAUCUCGGACAUGCCCCCCGAGCGAAUCGUUCCCAAGUGGACUCUCCCAAUAGCAGAAGUUUGAGAACCAUUCUCAGCCAAACCAAUGAUCAUUUGGUGGAAGAAGAGGCUCAAAGGAAGGAGAAAAUGGACCAGUUUAUGAAGUCUUUUGCUAACAAGUCUCAAGUUCAAGGUGAAAGGACUACUUUGAAGAAGAUGGAUCCAGAAGACGAGAGGAAUGAUGCCCUGGACUGCCCAGAUUGUCACGGCAAUCGCGUUUGCGACAAACGGACCAAAAUGUGCCGUAUUCCUUGUGGUCCCGGUUACCCUGUUUGUCCUCUUUCGGAAUCAUGUUUGAAGACGGGAUUCUGUUCCAAGGUGAAUGAAUGGCUUUUGGAGACUGCUAGGCCAGCAGUCCGCGUGAACCAAGAGUACUCUGAGAAUCACGAUUAUGCUGAUCAAGAAGAUGGAACAACGGAGGGAAACUCAACUUAUUUGGAACCACUCAAGGACCAAACCCGUUUAAGUGAGCGGAAGAUCAUGCCAAUCAUUCAAAAUGGUUUGGAUCGUCUGAAAACGUCUCUCAAGAUUGUGUUCCAAGAUAUGAUAGAAGAAUUCGGAUUAAGCUCGGUUGUUGUUCAAAAAAUCGAAUAAACCCUCUUGCGACCAUCUA